AUGCCGGGUGUAACAUCUACAACCAUCCAAAGCACGUCAGCAUCAGUAACCACUCCAGGGUCAAGUGACAGCUCCCCAUCCACGGUUGUCACGUCGCAGUCUACAACCUCCCAAAGCACUUCAGCUUCUGCACCCCCAACACUCACCUCCAUCAGCUCAACAGUCACAGCACCCACGGAACAUUCUGCAGCUGGACCCAGCACCGCAAGCUCCACCUUCGGCUCAGAAUCACCUGCCACCCACCAGUCCACCACUCUCACUGGGGAAUCCACCACCUACCCCAGCAGCCCGUCCUCAGCACCAACAUCACAGCCCUCUGGGAGCUCAAUGAGCACCGUCCUCACCGCGGCUUCCUCAGCCGCCCAGAGCAGCUCUGCUACAGUGCACACGACAGGGUCCUUUAGCACUUCCCAAACCAUGGUGCCUGGUGAAACAUCUACAACCAUCCAAAGCACUCCAGGAUCAGUCAGCAUGCCAUUGUCGAGUGCCAGCUCCCCACCAUCGGUUGUCACUUCAGAGUCUACAACUGUCCCAACAACGUCAGCUUCAGCAGGCCCAACACAAACAACAACCAGAACAACAGCCACACCACCCAUGGAUCAUUCGACAACCUUCCCCAGCAGCCAAAGUUCAGCCUUCAGCACAGAGCCACCUGCAAGCCCCCAGUCCACCACUCUCACUGUAGAAUCCACCACUUUCCCCAGCAGCCCAUCGUCAGCACCAACAUCACAGCCCUCGGAGAGCUCGCCAACCACGGUCCCCACCGAGGCUUCCUCCUCCUCCCAGAGCAGCUCUGCUACAGCUCACACGACAGGGUCCUUCACCACUUCCCAAACCAUGGUGCCUGGUGAAACAUCCACAACCUUCCAAAGCACAGUAGGAUCAGUAACCACUCCAGGGUCAAGUGACAGCUCCCCAUCCACGCAAGCCAUCGUCAACACCGACACCACAGCCCUCGGAGAGCUCACCGAGCACGGUCCAAACCGAGGCUUCCUCACCCUUCCAGAGCAGCCCUGCUACAGCACCCACGACUGGGUCCACUGA